GUCAUUGAUAAAGGUCAAUAGGGAAAAAGAUUAAACCGGCCCCUUGCUAUUCGAAUUAUUAGCGAUUCAGUAAAACCGAUUGUAUUAUCUUUAACGUAUUCAUUGUAUAGCACAACGCGAGUCACAAACAACGCAUUUUGUGCGUGAGUUUCAGUCUAAUAGGUUGGAAAAAUAAAUUAAAAUGGGUUCCCGCUUCCAAACUGUCCAACAAGGUCCUCCGAUCGAGGUUUUCCAAUUAAAUCGUAUGUUUAUGGAAGACCCGCACCAGUCUAAAAUCAAUUUGAGCAUUGGCGCAUACCGAGAUGAGAAGGGCCAGCCAUGGGUUCUACCGGUGGUCAGGAAGAUGGAGAAACAGAUGGCUAAUGAUGAGACACUCCUGCACGAAUACCUCCCUGUUCUUGGUAUGGAACAGUUCUCCGCGGCGUCUACCGCCAUGCUGCUGGGAGAAGAUAGCCCCGCCCUCGCUGCAGGACGUGCGUUCGGAGUCCAGACCCUGUCUGGUACAGGUAGUCUGCGCGUCGGCGCUGAGCUGCUGAACAAGCAACUCAACUACACCAACUUCUACUACUCCGUGCCUACCUGGGAAAACCACCACCUCGUAUUCGUAAACUCUGGUUUCACGAAUCCCCGCACCUACCGCUACUGGGACGCGAAGGCCCGAGCGAUUGAUUUCGACGGCCUCAUCGAAGAUCUUCGCAACGCCCCUGAGAACUCAGUGAUCUUACUCCACGCGUGCGCCCACAACCCCACUGGCUGCGACCCUAGUCAUGAACAGUGGGAGAAAAUUGCCGAUGUCAUGGAGGAGCGCAAGUUGUUCCCAUUCUUCGACAGCGCAUACCAGGGCUUCGCAUCAGGCGACCUAGACCAGGACGCCUGGGCCGUGCGCUACUUCGUCCAGAGAGGGUUCGAGCUCAUCUGCGCACAGUCCUACGCUAAGAACUUCGGGUUAUACAACGAGCGAGUGGGCAACCUGGCCAUCGUGGUGUCGGACGCGUCGGUGGUGCAGGCGCUGAAGUCGCAGCUGACGUGGAUCGUGCGCGGCAUGUACUCCAACCCGCCGGCGCACGGCGCGCGCGUCGUUACCAACGUACUCGCCAACAAGCAGCUCUUCGACGAGUGGAAGGACCACAUCAAAGCUAUGUCGUCUAGGGUGACGGAAAUGAGGGAAGCUUUGAGGGCCGAACUUAUCAAACUCGGCACACCAGGCAAUUGGGACCACAUUGUCAAACAGAUCGGUCUCUUCUCCUACACUGGUUUGACUCAAAGACAGGUGGAAUACCUGAUUCAAGAGUACCACAUAUAUCUGUUGAAGUCUGGCCGUAUUAACGUAUGUGGGUUGAACCCAUCCAAUGUCCAGUACAUGGCCAGAGCCAUGCAUGACGCCAUCACCAAAUUCCCAGCUGACGAAUCAUAUUGUGCUUGAAAGAGCGCGUUAUUGAAAUGAUUUUCAAGAAUUUAAAUUCGGAAAUGAACGCAAGAGGAACCAAUGGCGUAGGUUUUUAAUAACAGCCGAUUACUCAAACAAUAUUUAAAGGUCGCUACAGUAAUUCAUGAGAAUACAAGAUAUAUUCAAAGUGACCAUUUGAGCAUACGACCGUAAACGUUAAGUCCAUGUUCACACAUUCUUUAAGACACCAUUUCGAUAUCAAAGCUCGAAAGAACUAAACACACUUGAAAUCGGUUUUGUAUUGUUAAACAAUUUUUAGUAAGAAGUUUCAAGUCGUACUUCGCUUCGAUAGUUCUUAUUUAUUACAAAAACUAUCAGGUGAUUUUAAACGACGUAUAAAACAUAUUUAUUGAAAAAAAAAAUUUGCCGCAAGUUGGAUAAUAUGGCCUGUGAACGUAGCCUUCCGUGGAACUCCUAAUAGGCUAAUAGAACUCAUAAAAAUGCUUACAUAGGUAAAACAAUAAAGUAUAUAGGUAACUGCCUUAUUUACUUUAUUUGUAUGUAUACAACGAAUAGGCAUAGAUUCAUUAUUACGAGUACAUCAAACCAGAGCAUAGACUAGAACAAAUUAUACAAAAAAAUUAUACUUUUAAUACAAAAUAUGUUAUUUAAUUUUGCAUUUCAUUAUUUUAUAGUUUUGUUUUUUUUUUCAAAUAACGAUCGAUCAUGCAUUUUUUGUUACUAGUAAUUUAAAUAAUAAAAUAAGGAAAUAAUUUUAUUCGCUGUUGAAAAUACAUUUAUUAUUGGGUACCUACCAAAUUAUUGCUCAAAUUUCAGAGUUGCCAGAUACAGAGUUUUCUCAAUCGCAACACUGGCAAUUCUAUAAGCAAAAUUUUCCGAAUUUAAAACUGCAGCAAUAAUAAAAAACGUGUGUUGCCACACGAAAGACAUAUUUUUAUAAGACGCAUUUUUUCUAAAUGUCAUUACCAAUUUAUUUGGCUGUGAUUAAAAAUUUGGAAAUUAUUUUGAAAAUUAUGGAUUUUUUAAUAUACAAUGUUUUAAUAUGAAGUGCAAAUCUUGUUAGAUAUAUUAUUAUGUUAACAUUUGGGCCACUACUAGCUUUUAAAAUCAAAACCAGAAUCGCAGUAUUACGUGCUUUUAGUUACAUUACAUAUUAUAUUCAUUGCUUUUACGAUUUUUUAUCUAGGAUUAUUCUAGAAUAUGUUGCAAAUACAUAAUCUCAGUUGUUAUAA